AUGAAGUUCGAUUCGAUCAAGUGUGCCAUCGUGGUGGCCGCCCUGGAGGGCGCCGUCUCUGCCGCCCCCUCACCCAAAGGUCGUUUCUCUGUCAAGACCUUCAAAGGCCCCAAGCUCGGGCUGGUCUCCCGAGUCACAGGCUCUGGUCCUUCAGCGGCAAGCACCAACUUCAUGAACAUGACAUUUGGAGACCAGACCUUUCCCAUGGAGAUCGAUACCGGCUCGUCCGCUCUUUGGCUCUUCAACACCGGCACCCCUUCCAACGAACAAGGCGGCCACCCUCUCUACAACCCUAAUGCCUCUUCUACCUUCCAACUGCAAGAUGGGUACUCCUUCGACAUCGAGUAUGCCGACGGCACCGGCAUGACCGGUCCCGUGGGCACCGAGGACGUCACCAUGGCUGGUAUCACCAUUCAGGGCCAGUAUAUCGGUAUUCCCAACGAUGUUCGCACCAACUCCAACCCCAUCCAGGGUGGUUGUCUGGGCAUGGCGCCAAACCCAUUUACUAUGACGCCCACAUCCCAGAACACCUGGCACCAGAACGCUGAGCCCUUGCUCGAUCAGCCGGUGUGGACUGUGGACUUCUACAGCACCCAGGAUGGUUCUAUGGACUUCGGUUACAUUGACGACUCCAAAUACCAGGGUGAUAUCGCUUAUGCCCCUUGUGAUUUCUCUAAUGGAGCUUGGUCUUUCAACAUCACUGGCUGGAACGUGCCGAACGACUCAGUCCAGACUGGUAGCGGCAGUGUCCAGAGCAUUGCGGAUACCGGUACCCCCAGCUCCAGCUUACCUCAGGGCGUUCUUGACUACUACUACGGCAAGGUUGACGGGUCUUCACGUGACUCCUCUGACGAUACCGCUUACGUUGUCCCUUGCGAUGCCGACCUGCCUGAUCUCAUCCUCACGAUUGAAGGUGGCACUGUGACCAUUCCCGGUUCCCAAAUGAAUGCCGGUACUGUCGAUGGAGGCUGCCGCGGCGCUUUCUACAUCACUACCGGCGGAGGUAACCUUGGAUCGGCCAUGUUCAACUCCAACUUUGUUGUUUACAGUCAGACCAAUGCCCAGAUCGGGUUUGCUCUCAAGGCUUAA